AAUAAAAGGGUAAGAUGUUUGGGAUAUUGUGCUAAUAAGAGAGAGAGGGAGGGUAAUGUUUACUUAUUAAUGUGAGUUGUGGUUGUGGUUUGUGCAUGUGUGUGUUUGUUGGUAAAGUGUGGUAGACCCAAAGGGGAGGUAUCUUUAGGGGCAGGUCAGCACAGCACGCUUUGUUGCUUCCUGAGCUGAACAACCUAUAAGGUUUUUAGGGGGCUCAGGUUGCGUGUGUUUUGCACUAAUUCCCGUUUUCUGUUUCGAGUUCUUGAGCAAAGGGGAAUCUCUCUGGUUUUCAUCAUCCUCUCUCUCUUUUCUUGCCUCUUCUGUUUUGUAUCCAAGUCCUAGAAAGAUAUAAAGAGAGAGAAAGGAAGAAGUGAAGAACCCACUAAGCGUGCUAAUAUAAAGUUUUUUAAGAGAAAAGUUAGAUAUUAACAAUCCCAUGCUAUUAUAGCUCCAUCUCUGCUUUUGGGUUGUUAUUCUUAUUGGGUUGUUUUUCUAACUUGGUGGGGUUUCUCUUUGGGCUUUCUAUAAUAUUGUGCUUUUGGUUUCAAGGGUUGAAGCUCUUAGAGUUUGUGAGUGUUUCAUAGUUUCCCUUUGUUUUCUUGCUUUGGUAGCUGAGGUCUCAAAGAAAGUCUUUUUUUUUUUCUCCCUGGGGUUUGAAUCAGAAGCAAAAGAACUGGUUUUUGAUGAUUUAAGGAUGUGGGUCUUUAUGGUUUUGAGCUCUGGUUUACCUCUUCAGUGAGGUGAACAAAUCUUCUUGCUUUUAGUUUGACAUAGUGGUAGAGAGAAGGUGAAAUCAAGUUAUUUUCAGAAGAGUCUUGGGUUUAGAGAUGGAGAAGUCUUCGAGAAAUGAGGAUGCCUGUCCUCAGUUGUUGGAUUUGAUUUCAAAAGAGAGAGAGUGGCUUGUGAACAGAGAUGGAGAAAGAAGGCAUGGCUUUCCAGAGGAGAAAAAGUUGGAGCUUAGGCUUGGUCCACCAGGGGAAGACUGGUCUGUGAGAGACAACAGCAAAAACAACCAAAGACAAAGAGAUGAGUCUCUACUUUCUUUUGGGUACUUCUCUCCCAGGACUUCCAGGACCAAUAACAACAGCAAUGGAAGCCAAACUCAGAUGUUUGCUGCUUCCUCUGAGAACCCAGUUGGGGCUGUAUUGUCAUCCCCAUGGCCUUCUUCUUCAGCUUACCAGGGAAAGAACCACAAUCAACAACAGACAAUACCUCCAUCAUUUCUUCAGUUCCCUUCAACACCUCAGAGCUUGCCUGUCAUGGCUCAGGAAGCAUCACAACCUUGUUGCACUAAAGUGGUAGACUUGCAGAGUGCAGAGAAGAAAGGAUUUUCACCAUCUUCUGCGAAGACAGCUGUGCCAAACAGCUCUCAGAAAAGGACUGCUCCUGCUCCAGUUGUGGGUUGGCCUCCAAUUCGUUCAUUCAGGAAGAAUCUUGCAAGCACCAGCUCCUCAAAACCAGCUUCUGAGUCUCAAAAUGGUGUCACAGACAAGGUUGCCAGUCAAAAACCAGAUGAAACUUGCAACAAAGGUCUGUUUGUGAAGAUCAAUAUGGAUGGAGUUCCUAUUGGCAGAAAAGUGGAUCUCAAAGCUUAUGACAGUUAUGACAAACUCUCCUCUGCAGUUGAUGAACUCUUUAGAGGCCUACUUGCAGCUCAAAGAGAUUCCUCUGCUGGUGGAAUCCAGAACAAGCAAGAGGAAGAGAAAGCAAUUACUGGUUUAUUGGUUCGAAGUGGAGAAUAUACUCUUGUUUAUGAGGAUAAUGAAGGAGACAGGAUGCUUGUUGGGGAUGUCCCAUGGCAAAUGUUUGUAUCUACGGUUAAGAGGCUGCGCGUGUUGAAGAGCUCUGAACUUUCUGCGCUUAGCCUUGGCAGCAGUAAGCAGGGGAAAUUAUCACUUGACUCUCCAAUGAGGUGAAGAAAGAGGAAUCUUUCUCCAAAAAUAUCCAUAGUGAAAGUUUGAAGGAGAUUUGAUUUCUGUUUCCAUUUGACGUUUUGGUGCAUAGUUUCGUUGGCAAGAAAAGAGAAUUUUUCAGCUCACAAGUCCAAGUGAUGUUUCAUGGAUGGUUUUGUUUUGUUUUUGUUCAGAAUUCCUCUUGGCUCUUGUAGAAAGCUUAAAAGAGCCAGGCAAAAAUGUAUUCUGAUAAUGCACUAUUGAGUAACAAGUUAUGAUAUUUUUGGUUUGUAUUUAA